AGAGCUUCCCAAAACCUCAACACAAGGUAAGUUGACUUAUAACCCUUUUCAUGUGACUUCAAGGUCAACUAAUGAGACCAUUGAGCUUUGCUUCAGCAACGUACAGAAACAACAGUGGAGGGGGGAAAACAAAAUGGAAACGGGAACCUCAUCAUCAUCAUCAUCAGGCUUGGUUAAGGCCAAAUCUGAGACACUCACAGAAGCUCUUAAGUCUAGCUCACUCGAUUUCAGCAAUCGUGGAGGCAGUAGCCAUGGGACAUUGUCAUCUCCGAGCCAGAGCGGCAGCAGAAGCAACAACAGUAGAUGGAACACACACAUAAGGAAGGCCAAGAGUGCACACCCUGCUCUUGACCUUGCUCGUCUCACUGGUGGUGCGGCUCUUAGCCGAGCCUCUAGUGCUUCCCUUGGUCUUUCCUUCUCUUUCACGGGCUUUGCUGUGCCACAUGAAGAGAUCAUUGCUUCAGAGAAAUCAUGCAGCAACGACGAUAUCUCGGAAGUUAUUGAAGCAGCAACCAGUAGUGUGGUCAAGCUUCAGGCAGAACCAACCUUUCCAAUAUAUCUGAAGUUCAUAGACAUCACAUACAAGGUAACUACCAAAGGAAUGGCAUCGUCAUCAGAAAAGAGCAUCUUGAACGGUAUUAGUGGUUCAGCAUAUCCAGGGGAGCUUCUAGCUCUCAUUGGACCUUCUGGAAGUGGCAAAACCACACUGCUCAAUCUGCUUGGUGGCAGAUUUAAUCAGCAUAAUAUCGGCGGCUCGGUUAGCUACAACGAUAAACCAUAUUCUAAGCACUUGAAAACCAGGGUUGGAUUUGUGACACAAGAUGAUGUUCUGUUCACUCACUUAACUGUAAAAGAGACACUAACCUACACAGCUCUUUUACGCCUUCCUAAGAACCUCACAAAGCAGCAGAAGGAGCAAAGAGCUCUCAGUGUUAUACAAGAGCUUGGACUGGAAAGGUGCCAAGACACAAUGAUUGGAGGGUCAUUUGUUCGUGGUGUCUCAGGUGGGGAGAGGAAAAGGGUUUGUAUUGGGAAUGAGAUCAUUACUAAUCCUUCACUUCUUUUCCUUGAUGAACCGACUUCUAGUUUGGACUCUACUACUGCUCUAAAGAUUGUUCAGAUGCUACAGAGUAUAGCAAAGGCCGGGAAAACUAUUGUUACAACAAUCCACCAACCAUCAAGCAGGCUCUUUCACAGAUUUGACAAGCUGGUUGUACUCAGCAGAGGAAGCUUGCUUUACUUUGGGAAAGCAUCAGAAGCAAUGUCUUUUUUCACUUCCGUAGGAUGUUCUCCUCUACUCGCCAUGAAUCCAGCAGAGUUCUUGCUAGACUUAGCGAAUGGAAACAUGAACGAUAUCUCCAUACCCUCAACUCUUAAAGAGAAAAUGAAGAAUGAAAAUUCUUGCAGCAAGAUUAUAUCUUCCAAGCCAACUCCUACAGUUGUAUAUGAGUACCUUGAGGAGGCUUACAAGACACAUAUUGCAGUCAUGGAAAAGAAGAAACUUUUGGCUCCAGUUCCUCUUGAUGAAGAAGUUAAAGUGAUGAUAACUUGUCCCAAGCGAGAAUGGGGAUUAAGCUGGUGGGAACAGUACUGCAUACUUUCUUUAAGAGGAUUCAAAGAACGGAGGCAUGACUAUUUCAGCUGGUUAAGAGUCACUCAAGUUCUCUCCACUGCCAUCAUCUUAGGUUUACUCUGGUGGCAAUCAGACAUUGAACAUCCUAAAGGCCUACAAGAUCAGGUAGGGCUACUCUUCUUCAUUGCCGUAUUCUGGGGAUUCUUUCCGGUGUUCACAGCGAUCUUCACGUUUCCUCAAGAGAGAGCAAUGCUGAGCAAGGAAAGGGAGUCCAAUAUGUAUCGAUUAAGCGCAUAUUUUAUGGCUAGAACCACAAGCGACCUGCCGCUUGACUUGAUACUACCUGUGCUUUUCCUAGUAGUUGUAUAUUUCAUGGCAGGAUUGAGACUAAGAGCUGAAUCUUUUUUCCUAAGCGUGCUCACAGUCUUUCUCUGCAUCGUCGCGGCUCAGGGACUUGGAUUAGCAAUUGGGGCGAGCUUCAUGGACUUGAAGAAGGCCACAACUUUGGCAUCAGUAACUGUAAUGACUUUCAUGCUUGCUGGUGGCUACUUCGUAAAGAAAGUUCCAGUGUUCAUCGCUUGGAUACGUUUCAUGUCAUUCAACUACCACACAUACAAGCUCCUUGUCAAGGUACAAUACGAAGAAAUCAUGCAAAACGUAAACGGAGAGGAAAUUGAGAGUGGGCUUCAGGAAGUGAGUGCCCUUGUAGCCAUGAUUAUUGGCUACCGUCUCUUAGCCUACAUUUCUCUUCGAAGGAUGAAGCUCCUCUCUCCUUCUUAAGGAGUUUAAAUACAAAAAUGGCACUUAACUUGUAAUAUUUGCUUGUUUAUAAUACGUAUAUAUCCACUUGAUCU